GGCGUCUCCACGGACACCGGAUGUGUCGUAAAGCGUGGACGCCGAAGUUUUGAACCGUUUUGAGCGGCGAAAUCAGUGCCGUCUCUGUUCGGUUUAGAAACUGGGUGAACUGGUCAGCUUUAAUCGCUCUUUAUCUGGGUUACCAUGAACAAAUAUGAAGACUCAUGGGAGAGGCUGGACACUGAGUUUGAUCAUUUUCUACUGGACAUGAAACCGUAUGUCCUUAAACACCCCAACAAGUCUGAGCGACAGCGUUGUGCCAUGUGGAUAAAGAAGCUGUGCGACCCAGCCAUGUGUGGUUCCGGUCUGAUAGGACAUAAGAACCGCAACAUGUAUGCCCGUUUGCUCCUUCACAUGCUCAAAAGGGGCGUCCUGGAGGGGCCGUUCACCAACAAACCAGAGCCCGGAGGCCUCAAGACCCUCCCCACCUAUAUGUCCAUCUACUUUGAUGAGCCACUGGGCGUUCGGUCUGCGGAGCUCAGCCGUGCAGGUCUGCCUGACUGGGUGACAGGAGAGCUGGAUGGCUCUGGUGAUGACAGCCUGGCUCUGGGUCUGCUGAAGGACAGGCCCAGUUCUACACCUAAUGCGGCUCAUUACAGGAGAAAACUGUAUGAGGAGAAGUCCUCAUCACGGCCCAUGUCCUCUAGUCCACUCAAGCAUUCUCCCAGACAGGAUGCCAGAAUGGUGGAUGGCGGGCUGAAGGCAGAUAUGUCUCCUGAUGACAGUGACCUGGAGGCUCGUCUCAACAGCUGGAACCUGGGGAUUGAAAACCCCAGGUAUUUGCGCGAGAAGCCCAUUCCCCUGUCACCAAUUUUCCAGUCGAGCUUUGGCAGGAGCAGCACCUUGGGCAAUGAUCAGGACUCGCACAGUAAAGAGACUGAUAUGAAGAUUAAAGUGCUGGAAGCAAAGCACCAAGAGGAGAAACUGAAGAUGCAGCAGAGGCAUGAUGCAGAUGUUGAGAAAAUUCUAGACCGAAAAAACAGUGAGAUUGAGGAGGUGAAGAGCCUGUACCGAGCCAAGCAGAAGGAAUCGGAGGAGAUGAUCCAUAAGCUGGAGAAGAAAGUUCAAAGUGUGCUGAGGGAAUCGCAGGUCAUCUGCCAGAGCAAAGAGAAGCAGAUCGCGGAGCUGAGGAAGCUGUCGGAUCAGAGCGCCGACUCUUUAAAAAACGAGUGGGAGAAGAAGCUGCAUGCUGCCGUGACGGAGAUGGAGCAGGAGAAGUUUCAGCUGCAGAAGAAGCACACGGAGAACAUCCAGGACCUUCUGGAGGACACCAACCUCAGACUGACCAAGAUGGAGUCGGAGUAUAACGCUCGGUCACAAGCAACCGAGCAAACGGUGCGUGAGCUGGAGCUGCGGGUGAAACAGCAGUCGACGGAUGUGGAAAAGGGCAACGCUCUGCGUCAGAAAGUGACUCAGGAAAAGGCCCAGUUGGAGAUCCACGUCGCAUCCCUCAGUGCUGAACUGCAGGAGGCUAACAGACGGAUUCUGAUCCUGCAGAAGGAGAAGGAGCAGCAGAGUGAGCAGCACCAGCAGACCAUGCAGAAGCUCCAAGCCAAACACGAGACGGACAUGAGCCACUUACAUCAGGAGCACGAUCUGUCUGCUGCGAAGGCCUCUGAGUUGAUAGAAGACUUGGAGAAAGCUGUGAGUAAGGCCAGACAGCAGCUCCAGGACAGCGAACAUCGAAGGCAGCAACAAGUCCGGGAUCAGGAGAUAAAGUUCCAGCAGGAAAAAGACGAAGUGCUGACCAACUGUGAGAAAAAGGUUUCAGCGCUUCAUGGCGAGGCAGAGAGAGAACGAACUGAGGCUAAGAGGAAGAUAGCCAGACUGGAAGAUGCACUCAGGGAGAUGGAAGGCCAGUUGGACCGAGCCAGGGAGAGCCAAAGGCAGCAGAUCCAGAAGGCAGAUAUGGCUCUGGAGCAGUUCAAGAAGCAGAUGGAGCUCAGCUCUGAGAAGGCCUACGCUGACAUGAAAGUCCAGAUGGAGAAGGUAGAAGAGGACCUGGUCCGCUCCAGAUCCUUCCGAGAGAACCAGGCCAAAGAGUUCUCGCAGCAACUCGAUGUUCUCAGACAGAAAUAUGAGCAGCAGAUGGCUGAGCAGCGCAUGCAGCACGAGCAGGAGAGGACGCGGCUACAGCAGCAGCACAGCGCGGAAAAGGACAGCCUGGUCCAGGAGCGCCAGCGGGAGGUGAGCAGCCUGGAGAGGCAGGCCAGGGCCGCCCUGCACCAGCACCAGCAGCACACCCACGAGUGGAGGAAGCGCGAUGCCCAGACUAUUUCAGAUCUGGAAAUCCAGUUGUCGGCUCUGCGUGAGGAGCUCCAGCAGGUUCUCGUCCAGCACAGGCAGCAGUUGGCUGAGGUGGCGCUGGUCCAGGAGGAAAAAGAGCAGAGGGCGAUCCUGGACAAGGAGGCGUCGCUGGACCGACUCCGCUCCGACAUGGAACGAAUUCACAGCAACCUGGAGAGAAGCCACCAGCAGGAGAAGGAUGCUGCUCAGGAGAAGACCAACAGCAGGCUGAAGCAGAUUGAGAAGGAGUUCGGUCAGAAGCUCGCCAAGUCUGCCCAGCUGAUUGCAGAGCUGCAGACGUCUGUAUGCGACUCGAAGGAGGAAACUGUUCGUCUGCAGCAGGCGAUGGAGAAGCAGCUGAAGGAGGCGAACGCUCGGUGGGACCAGGAGAGGAGGACGAUCACCCAACACGCAGAUGAGGCCAACAAGGCUCUGCAGGAAAAGGUGGAAAGUCUACAGAGACAGCUGCACUGCUCAGAGAAGAAGCUGCUUAGCAAAGAGCUGGAGACUGAAGAGAAGGUAACUCUGGUGCAUCAGGAGUAUGAGGAGAAGAUCAAGGGUUUGAUGCCGGCUGAACUCAGACAGGAACUGGAGGACACCAUCACCUCUCUGAAAGCUCAGGUCACCUUCCUUCAGAAGAGAGCCUCUUUGCUACAGGAAGACCUGGAUGCCUCUCGCAGCAGGAGGUAACUGGACGCUGCACUGGAACGUGAAGGACGCCAUCAGAUGUGAGCAAAUUUGACUGUUACAAGUAUUUCACACACCUGUCAUGCCAUGGAGCAGCCAUCUUUUAGUUUGAUGUGUUCUCUCAUGAAAUAUUUAUUCAUUGUCUCGUUGAAACAUAAUAUUUUUACACUCUCAGCCUGUUACAUUGUUCAGUUUUAUCAUUUUUGGCAUUGAUGUUAUGUACAUGAAUUCAUCGUUUUUAAUAAAAACUUUACAUCUUU